UGUUAUCACGAAAUGCAUUUAUAAGUACAGCACUGCUUUAGUGUAGAAGAGAGACGUGCAUUCGAGAUGUAUAAAUCUUUGUGAAAAUGGCAGUUACUAUUCCGGAAUUCAUUGAUAAAAGGUUCCUGACACGCUGUCUACAAGGGGAAUUUGGAUAUUCUACUGUCGUUACUAACUUCAAAGCAGAGCGUUUAAUUUCGGAAGACCUUGACUUCACCAGUUGCCUUGUCAGAGUAAAAUGUGAGUAUAAAAGAAAUCAAAACGAAGAUGUGGAAUCCACUAGUCUUAUUGUAAAAGCACCACUUCAAGGAUCUUACACAGAAAUGCUAGAGAAAGAGGGAUGCAAAGAACAGUACUUUUAUUACAAUAUCGUGCCUAAACUAUCCACUUUACACAGUUUAGAUUUCCCAAGGACUUUCGAAUGCGGCAGUAAGUCAGUGAUUGUAAUGGAGGAUUUAAACAGCUCGGGAUUUAAAGUUCCCAAAAGUAUGGCUCUGUUAGACUUUGAGCAUUGCAAGCUGUACAUUCAAUCUGUAGCAAAGUUACAGGCCACAAGUAUUGUUCUAAAUGAAAGAGAACCGAAAUAUUUUGAAAAUUUUAAAGCCAGUAGCAACAAGCUUACUAAUGAGGACGUGCUUCUCAAGCAGAGGAUUUCUACAAUGGCUACUAUUGGAGCUAAGAGUCUCGCUGACUUAGUGAGAGGGUUACACAAACACGAGGAAAUAGGCUUAGUUAAAAUUCUAGAUAAAGUUUCAAACAUUAUAUGGGACCUGGUGAUGAGUUCUGAAGAUUCAAAUGAUUCACUAAAGUGCCUUAUACAGUACGAUAUUUGGCCAACAAACUUGAUGUUUAAGUAUGAUGAAUUAGGUAAUGUAAAAUCAGUGAAAAUUUUGGACUUCCAAAUGUACUCGUUCUCGCCGGCAGUAAUUGACAUCAUCGCCUUCAUUUGGAGGAGUGCCAACUAUGACGUGAGAGAGUCUCGUUUGGAGGAACUUUUUCAUAUAUAUGUUGAUACCCUCAAUGACAUUUUGUCAGAUCUCGGUAGUUCAACAACGUUGACAUUCUCUCAACUGAAGAAGCAACUCGAGAUCUUUAGUCCUUGGGCAUUGUUCGUUGUGUGUUUCUUCCUUCCUUAUGGCCAAGUAAAACAACAUUUGCCAUUAGGAACUCUUUUUGAGUUUUGUGACAAGGAACCUCAAAAAUACUAUGACAUUUUGAUACAAGCAUACAAAAAAUCUUCACCUUAUUUUGAAACCGUUUUGUUACAUCUAGAGGCUCAAGGUGUUUUUGAAAGCAUAUCUAAAUUAUACAUUAAAUAAGGUGUUUUGUGAAAAAAUAUAGAAUGUAAUAAUAAACAGUGAUAUAAAAUAAUAAUUUAAUCAAAACCAAUUGAAAGGGAUGACAUAGGUAACGUAUUCUUUAUUAAGAGUAAAUUUGUAAAUAGCAUAAUGAAUGGUUAUACUAGUGUUAUUUUAGUAAUAAUUUACAUAAAAUAUGAACAAAUUAUUGAAUGUAAUAUUUUUCCUAAUCUAUGUACUACUUAUAACAAAUUAAGCAACAUAAUAAAAAUUUUAAAACUA